AUGACGAGUGGAUGGAUGGAUGGCGUGUCCACGGCUGAAGCAGAGGAUCGGGGAGAGGAUGUGGAACGGCAGAUAGAAGAGAACGAUCAUUUGGAAAAGAAGGCGAGGAACGACGGCGCUACAAGAAGAACUCUCCGCUACCGCCUUCUGUCUGCAUCUCUCCUACCCCCUACAUCAAAAUCUCUGAACCCGGUUCUACCACCUGGCCUCUCGCCGCCGACUCCCGCCCUUCCCGACCAAGCAUCUUCAACACCCAACCCCGCCACCUCGAUCUCCACGGGACCCGCACUCUUUUGCAGUGUUUCUUCAUCACGGAUGACUCGUGUAGCUGCCGUGGGGGAGAAACGCACUAGCCUAAUUGUAGCUCCGCUCUCGGCUAAAGCCAGCCUCAAGCCAGAGCUGCGGCAACACUACCCAAGACGGUCCAUCUUCUCUGAUCGUGGCCCUCAUAUCGUCGACGUUCCUACAGUACAGGACAGAAAGUCAUUGGUUGUUGCUCCACGGCCGCGGCCGCAGCAGCAAAGCCAAUUGCACGGCCAAACCCAGGCGUCAUCAUCACAAACUCAGCCUGCCACAGCCUCGACCUCCACGACACCUCCUGCUCCAGGUACUCAUACUACCACAGCUGCGCAGUCGCCACCUAUCCCGUGGUGGGGUCGUCUUCUGUUGCUCGUCCGAAUGCUGAUACCCUCGGAUGUCGCAUCGUGUGAAGCAUAUCUACGUGUUCAGCUCGGAACCAAGGCCUUGGAUGGUUUAUUCCAGGGCAUGCAUGGUCAUUCUCAAAUUUCCAGACCACUACCUCAGCAGCGCCCGGGGCGCUUCAAGAAACUCAGGCUCGCUGUGACAAGGCGCUCUCUUCCUCCUCCUGCGCAUGCACCCACAUUAACAUCGCCUACCGCGCUACCACCUGUCGCUGCUCCUGUUAAUACGAAAAGAGUUGAUCAACGGCCAAUAACUAAGGUCGUCUGAGACUAGUGUCAUACUGUUAGAGGAUGGAUGUGAGGGAGCGGGGAACUUGGUGGACAUACGACGAUGAUAUUUGUGCUGGAUAUACCACCAC